AUGGUACAUGAUAGAGGAUGGGGCAUGUGGGUAUGGGGAUAUGAGAGUGGAUCUAGAUAUAUUCCAGGAUAUAGAUUCCUUCAUGAUGUCUCUAAUGAGGAAGUUCGUAAAGCACUCUUCCAAAUACAUCCAGAUAAAUCUCAUGCCCCGGAUGGAAUGACUCCUGGUUUCUUCCAAAAAUAUUGGGAUGUUGUGGGUCAAGAUAUUGUUUCUCGGGUUAGGGAGUUCUUUAAUCCUUGUUCUUUACUAAAUGGUUUGAGCCAAACUAAUAUUGUUCUUAUUUCUAAGAAGAAACAUUCAGUUACUAUCGGAGACUUGAGACCUAUAUCUUUGUGUGAUGUGCUUCAUAAAAUGAUUUCAAAGAAGCACAAGGGCAAGGAGGGUUAUAUUGCUUUGAAACUAGACUUGAGCAAGGCAUAUGAUCGUAUCGAUUGGAGUUUUCUUUGUACUAUGAUGCUUAAGAUAAGAUUUGAUCCACAAUUGGUUGCUCUUAUCCUAGCUAUAAUUUAUCUUGUUUGGUACAUGGUUGUUAAUGGGGGUUGUGAGUUGGGUCCUAUCAUAUCUGAGUGUGGCCUUCACCAAGGGGAUCCAUUAUCUCCUUAUUUGUUUCUCUUAUGUACUAAAGGCUUCACUUUUAUUAUAAAGAGAUUUGAAAGAUGCGGGAUUUGA